AUGUCUCUACAACAUGAUCAUGAUUACCAACAAACCCUAACAAACGAUGAAGAACAUAUCGAAAAUUCUCCAGAGGGAUUUUCCUAUUAUGAUCCACCAGAGUCAUUUUGGCUUUCUAAAGAUUCAGAAAGAGAUUGGUUUGAUCAAAAUGCAGCCAUGCAAAGAAAAACCUCAAUGAAAUUUGCAUUUUCAGGUAAAGCCAAUAACAAAAACCCUAAAAUGAUAUCUCAUAAUAACCAAAAUCCAUCGCUUUUUUCCAUUCCCAGAGCUCGAAAAUCUAUCUCUACCGAUCCACGUGUAAAUAAGGGAGCGAAACAAAAAUCGCGGUUCACUAGAAGCCGGUCUGAACCGGGAAGAAAGACAUUGAAGCAAGUAUUGUCUGAACCGGGUUCACCUAAAGUGUCAUGCACCGGUCGGGUUCGCCGGUCCAAGUCAAAGAAAGAGGGUAGGACAAUUCGAACCGGGUUUUGGAAAAAGGUUAGGGCUGCUUUGAAAAUCGGGUCCGGAGAAAAACAGGUGGUGGUCAAUGUGCGGAGUGCUGAACCGGACAUGCCAGGGUCUGGAUCCGGUUCAGCACUCCUCAAGCGAUCGACGACUCGUCGAUGGUCAGAGUCAUAA